AUGAGCUGGCAACGAACACUGAAGCAUAUAAUGUUGCUGGGAAUACUUGUGCUUGCUUAUUUUCAAAGAGCUGGCUGCAGAAUAUCGGAAAAAGAGAUAGAAGCAAUACAGAGCUACUGGCAUCACAGAAUGCUUGCUUUAGGUGAAGAGGUCCACAUCCGCAGUGUCUUUGUCAAAAUAAUAGACUCUUUCAAGCCUUUCUUGAAUGAAAAUGGCGUUGUGGAGAUCAACGUAAAUGCAGAAGAAAAAGACGAAUACCUCCUAAAAAUAACACAAGAGGAAGAAAUUAUGAAAGAAAUCGCAAACGAUAUACUAAAAACAACAAGGCUGUUGCUGAGUCUGUACAGAAAUGUGGACGAGUUCCCACACAGCGCUUUUAGAAUAGAAAAAAACAAGAAUAGACUAGACAAGAUGCUCUUGCCUGCCCUGAAAAGAUUUACUUCCGUGGUCAAAAAAAUAAACGAGUACGAUUCGUACAUGAUGGGAGUCCUGGAGCAGUACAGCAAACUGCUCGACAAAAGCAGCACAAUAUCCGAGAUCAUGCUGUUCAAGCUGGCUAAAAACAGCAAAAUGAUGGCUGCCAGCAUAAUCUACAUUGUCCUCUUUGGGCCCAAUCUCUCGAAAAUAGACACUAAUCUAGCGCAAAUAAUAGACUAUUUCUCUAAAUCCAUGAUGAGACACAUUCCCGUGGAGAACAUAACAAAUUUUAUGACAUGCAUCAGAGAAGAUAUACUAAAAAAAGGCAUAAACCAAAUAGUCUCAGCAAAUAUGCAUCUGCAUCGAUUGCUGUGCGAUGCCAGCAUCCCUGCACCGUGCACAACAGAUACCAACACAAUGGACACAAGUAUGACGGACACAGGCAUAAUGGACAAGGAUACAAUGAACAUUUAUCUAGCUCUAUCAAAGAAAGACAUCUCUGAAAAAGAAAUAAACCAGUACAGAAACAUCACAUCUGGACAGGUUAUGAAAAUAAUCAUGCUCGAGUGUGCAAUGAGUGGAAGCCUUCUGGACCACAGGAGAAACAGCUUAUUCUCUGUCCUUGGGAGUGUAGUGCAGAAUGUGUGCAGCCCAGAGAAUAGCGGUAGAAAAGACAUUUACGAAAGCAUGAGAAUAGGGAGAAUAGAGCAGGAUAAAAUACUCGAUGUUUUGAGUGCUGUAUGGAAUGACUCUGAGCUGCCAUCCUCAGUUGUGCACAUAGAAGACAUGCAUGCCUUCUGCAAAGAGAAUGGUAUCACGCCCUCAGACAUUCGAAGAACAAAAGAUGUUUUUGUGCACGCUAAAUGGAUGUACGAAAUAAACAGAUACAAAGCAGUGUAUGAAGAGUAUCCAAACUACGAGGACGAGUUCAGCAUAGGAAUACACUUCGACAUGUCGUACACCCAUCCUCUGUGGCACGUAUACAGCCGCUGCGAGCACGUCAGCCAUUUGAACAAGACAGAGAUCAGAUCAAAUCUGCUGCCGUUCAAGAAGAGAGUAAACAAUGUCAUUACACUCAGACCGCACAAAAUAAAAAAAAAUGAUGACAACCUGGUGAAGGCAGAGAACAUAAAAAGCUGCAUCAAAGCCUGGCUCUCACCAACCGCUGAGAUCAAAGUGGUCAGCAGAAAAGAAGACGACAAAGAAUACCGCAGCAUUGUCCGUGACUUUGUCAAAUACCUGAAGACGUCAAAAGAGAAGAAGGUGACAGUAAAAAAAGAGUCAGAAGCAUCUAAAGUAAGCACUAAUCCCGCAAGAAAUAGAAAAAUUGUCUCAGAGGAAAGCUUUGAUAUGUCUGAUAUAUACGAACAAUAG